UUGUGGUUUCCCAGCAUAUGCACCGAGGAGUACUUGUUUGCUGUCCUGGUGUCUCCGCGUGUCCAGAAAAAGGCGCAGUUUGGGGGUGACCGAGUGCUCAGGGAGCACGGGGAAGACAUUUUUGCUGCUUUCGGGGAAACUGGCCAGUGCCACCAGCUCCGCCUCCCACCCCGAGCUCUGGCUCGCAAGCCCGGGGUACCCAACCCGAGACACCCGAAAACCACUGCGGGAAAGUUUCGGGGCGCCCUGUGAGGACUGGGCGAAUUGUGCGUGCCCCUGGCUUCUUUGUGUGUGGCGGAGCCCGGAAGGGCAGACUAUUGACCAGAAGAAAAGAUGUUUGGUUUUCACAAGCCAAAGAUGUACCGAAGUAUAGAGGGCUGCUGUAUUUGCAGAGCUAAAUCCUCAAGUUCUCGAUUCACUGACAGUAAACGUUAUGAAAAGGACUUCCAGAGCUGUUUUGGGUUGCAUGAGACCCGUUCAGGAGACAUCUGCAAUGCCUGUGUUCUGCUUGUGAAAAGAUGGAAGAAGUUGCCAGCAGGAUCAAAAAAAAACUGGAAUCAUGUGGUAGAUGCAAGAGCAGGACCCAGUCUAAAGACUACAUUGAAACCAAAGAAAGUGAAAGCUUUGUCUGGAAACAGGAUAAAAAGCAACCAGAUCAGUAAGCUGCAGAAGGAGUUUAAACGGCACAAUUCCGAUGCUCACAGUACCACCUCAAGUGCCUCCCCAGCUCAGUCUCCUUGUUACAGUAACCAGUCAGAUGAUGGCUCAGAUACAGAGAUGGCUUCUGGCUCUAACAGAACACCAGUUUUUUCCUUUUUAGAUCUUACAUACUGGAAAAGACAGAAAAUAUGUUGUGGGAUCAUCUACAAAGGCCGCUUUGGGGAAGUCCUCAUUGACACACAUCUAUUCAAGCCGUGCUGCAGCAAUAAGAAGGCAGCUGCUGAGAAGCCGGAGGAGCAGGGGCCAGAGCCCCUGCCCAUCUCCACUCAGGAGUGGUGACUGAGGUUCAUGUAAAAGGGGAACAAAAAGUGAUUUAAAUUGUGAAAAGACCACAAAGAAACAAACUUGACCUUCCUAUUUUUAACUUGGAUACCUGCUAUUCUGCCAAAAGACAUUUUUCUAGAAUAGUUUUGAAUGGGUUAUUUUUCCCCAGUACCAUAAACUCUGAAGCCAGUGUCUAGCUUACUAUAAGAAAAAAGAAGUGUACAUAAUAUUUAAGAUGCUGAGUAUUUCAUAGGAAAGCUGAAUGCUGCUGUAAA